UAACAAGGAGGAAAGGAAGGAGAUUCGCAAAAAUCCGAAGUCACGCUGAAUUCAGAAGAAGCCGGUGCUUGUUUUGAAAAGUUAUAAAUUCGACAUGUUUCGAAAUCAAUAUGACAAUGAUGUCACAGUUUGGAGCCCACAGGGUCGUAUUCACCAAAUUGAGUAUGCCAUGGAGGCUGUCAAGCAAGGGUCAGCCACUGUAGGUCUCAAAUCCAAAACACAUGCCAUCCUCGUGGCUCUGAAGAGAGCUCCAUCAGAGUUAUCCGCCCAUCAGAAGAAAAUCAUCCCUAUAGAUGACCAUGUGGGUGUGUCAAUAGCAGGUCUGACAGCUGAUGCCCGCCUUCUUAGUAAUUUCAUGAGAGCUGAGUGCCUGGACUCCAGAUAUGCCUAUGAUCAGCCCCUCCCUAUAUCUCGUCUGGUCGGCUCCAUCGGCUCAAAGUCACAAAUCCCUACCCAGAGAUAUGGGCGACGGCCAUUUGGUGUCGGUCUCUUAGUUGCUGGCUAUGAUUCUAUGGGGCCACACAUAUACCAGACCUGUCCUUCAGCUAACUACUAUGACUGUAAAUGCAUGGCCAUCGGAGCCCGGUCGCAGUCAGCCCGAACAUACCUAGAAAAGUACAUAUCCAAGUUUGGGGAGUGUACACUGGAGGAGUUGGUUAAGCAUGGUCUACGGGCCCUUAGGGAUACACUGCCAUCUGAAGUGGAGCUCACUACAAAGAAUUGCUCUCUAGGAAUUGUUGGAAAAGACAUGGAUUUCACAAUCUAUGAUGAUGAUGCUGUAACACAAUACCUGGCCAUGGUUGAAGGUGAAGACAAGGAUCGAGGAUCCCCAGGGGAGGGGGAGCAAGCUGAGGAUGCUGCGUCUCCAAUGGAGGUACUGCCAGAGGAUGGACAGGCAGCACCACCCGCUGACCCUGCCCCUGGUGCACCAGAAGGGGAGGACCAGCAGGCUAUGGAACACUGACCAAUCUUCAAGGCAGCCUGGUCAUGUGUAAUUGAAUUGACCAUUCAAACUCAUCAUCAGUCAUGUGACAUGUUAUUGACCAUUCACACCCAUUCUGUUUUUGUCAUGCCACAAGAAACUCUAGACAUUUGUAAAAAUUCUAUUGUCAUGCAACAUAAAACUUUGGACAUUUGUAAAUACUUUAUUGUCAUCUGACAGUAACUAGAAGAUUGAUGAACAAAUUGAGAGAUGAGCAAUGGACCUGGAAUUGUUAAGCAGUAUCUCAGGUUGGGUUGGUGUAUGGAUGGAGACUGAAAACAGACCAAGCUGCAAGGGCACAAGGUGUGGCUUACAGUGGGAGUCUAAUAUCAUACUUAACGGGGGUUUCAAUGUUAUGUACUUGUGAGUGUAAACAGUACACAUUGUGAAGGAUUUGUACACGGGGAGCAGUAGAUGUAAGUGUGUAUUACAUCUGUGUUGUUGAAUGAGGAACUGUAAUGCUAUCUAUACCUUACUGUUAGUCAAUAAGCAAUCCUGUACAAGACCCUGUGCUACGUUGACCUCUUAACAGUGCUAUGUACACCUCUUAUAGUGCUAUGUACACUACCAAGUCAUCAAUGAGAGUCAUCUACAAUGUUAUAUUUAUUGACAAGGAAUAAACAGGUUUACAUCAA